CUCCUAUUGGAUCUGCUUUGCUAAUCAUCUCCCAAGGCUUUACUACUUCGAAACAGGUAGAAGAAGAGAGCACAAAUGGAAAACAUCCUUUUCGGAAAAUCAAACUCAUCAACUACUAAGGACUUAACUAAUAAUGUGAAGGUGGAGUUAGAAAGAUUGCCUCGCUUAUCUGCUAACCGUUGUAUUUACCGAGUUCCCAAGGGGCUAAGGUCUGUGAAUGAGAAGGCCUACACACCCCAGGUGGUUUCCAUAGGCCCACUUCACCAUGGCGCUGAAGAUUUGAAAUCAAUGGAAGAACAUAAGAUGAGAUUCCUACGUGAUUAUCUUAAACGCACAGAGGUAGACUUGGACUAUUACGUAAGUAUCGUAAAGAAUCAAGAAGAAAAAUUGCGUAGCUUUUACGCAGAACAUAUCGGAUUCUCAAGUGAUGAGUUUGUCAAGAUUAUUCUGGUAGAUGCUGUCUUCAUCAUUGAGUUCAUUUUAAAGCACGAUCCACAGGCGUGUGAGACCAACGAGCCCAAUUAUGUCAUGGAAAAACCUUGGAUGGUGGAUGACAUAAAAUUUGUGUUGAAAUAG